UCCGGCUCCCGCUCCAUUGUCUGGGAGCUGCGGCCGCGGGCAGGCGGCCGGGCGGGCGGCGGCGGGGACCCAGCCGGCCGGGUCGGGGCGGCAGAGCGGGCGCGGGAGAUGCCGGGCGCGCGGGGGCCACCUGAGCCGCCCGCCUAGUCCCCGCCCUCCGCGGGAAGGAUGUGCGCCGGGAUGGCGGGGCGCGCGGCAGCGGUUCCCCGGGGGCCCUGCGGCCCCUGGCUCUGCCUCCUGGUGGCCCUGGCCCUGGACGUCGUGAGAGUGGGCUGUGACCAGGACCCCCUGGAUCCCGUCUACCUGCCCGCAGCCCUGGAGCUCCUUGAUGCCCCUGAAUACUUCCGCGUGCAGCAAGUGGGCCGCUAUCCACCUGCCAACUCCUCUCUGGGCUCCCGAUCUGAGACCUUUCUGCUCCUGCAGCCGUGGCCCAGGGCCCAGCCACUUCUCCGGGCCUCCUACCCACCCUUUGCCACUCAGCAGGUGGUCCCGCCACGGGUCACUGAGCCCCACCAAUGGCCAGUGCCGUGGGAUGUGCGGGCUGUGUCGGUGGAAGCGGCCGUGACCCCGGCGGAGCCCCAUGCCCGAGUCCUCUUCCACCUUAAAGGGCAGGAUUGGCCGCCAGGGCCUGGCAGCCUGCCCUGCGCCCGGCUCCACGCCACACACCCUGCAGGCACUGCUCACCGAGCCUGCCACUUCCAGCCCUCCCUAGGCGCCUGCGUGGUGGAGCUGGAGUUUCCCUCCCACUGGUUCUCCCAGGGCUCCACCACGCGGGCGGAGCUGGCCUACACGCUGGAGCCUGCGGCUGAGGGCCCUGGGGGCUGCGGCCCCGGAGGGGAGGAGGACCCCAAGGAACAGGCCCUUCCGGUGGGUGGCGUGGAGCUGCGCCCAGCAGACCCCCCGCAGUACCAGGAGGUGCCCCUGGACGAGGUGGUGACUCUGCAGGUGCCUGAUGUGCCCGUGCGGCCCGGCCAGGUCUUCAGUGCCACCCUUCUGCUUCGGCACAACUUCACAGCCAGUGUCCUGACCCUGCGGAUCAAGGUGAAGAAGGGGCUGCAUGUGACGGCUGCCCGCCCAGCCCAGCCCAGCCUCUGGACGGUCAAGCUGGACCGCUUCAAGGGCUCCAAGCACCACACAACCGUCAUCACGUGCCACCGCGUGGAACCCCCAGGGCCAGACUCCAGCAGCCCCCUCGAACUAUCCGAGUUCCUGUCGGUGGACUUUUUGGUGGGGAAUGGCACGAGUGGGGGCGUGGCGGUCACUCGCCCUGUCACAUGGCAGCUGGAGUACGCAGGCCAGGCCCCCGAGGCAGAGAAGGACAAAAUGGUGUGGGAGAUCCUGGUGUCGGAGCGGGACAUAAGAGCCCUUGUCCCACUGGCCAAGGCUGAGGAGCUGGUGAACACGGCUCCGUUGACUGGAGAGCCGCGGCGUGUGCCCGUGCGCCUGGUCACCGUGGACAGCGGGGGGGCUCUGGUGGAGGUGACAGAGCAGAUCGGCUGUGAGUCGGCCAACACACAGGUCCUGCAGGUGUCUGAGACCUGUGAUGCCGUGUUUGUGUCUGGCAAGGAGACCCGGGGGGCCCGCGGGGUGCGGGUGGACUUCUGGUGGCGCCGGCUGAGGGCCACGCUGCGGCUGACGGUGUGGGCCCCGCUGCUGCCCCUGCGCAUUGAACUGACCGACACCACCCUGGAGCAGGUCCGAGGCUGGAGGGUCCCUGGCCCAGCCGAAGGGGUGCCAGAACCCGAGGCUGCAGCGCUGGCGGAGGAGGCAGCAGAGCGGCGAGCCCGAGGCUGCCGCCUGCAGUACCAGCGAGCCGGCGUGCGCUUCCUUGUCCCCUUCGCGGCCCACCCGCUGGACGGCGGCCGCCGCCUCACCCACCUGCUCGGCCCCGACUGGCUGCUGGACGUGUCCCACCUCGUGGCGCCGCACGCACGCGUGCAGGACCCACGCGUGGCCUCGCUAGAGGGCGGCCGCGUCCUGGUGGGCCGGGAGCCUGGCGUCACCUCUAUCGAGGUGCGUUCCCCACUGUCUGACACCAUUCUGGGGGAGCAGGCAUUGGCCGUGACGGAUGACAAGGUCUCGGUGCUGGAGCUGCGGGUGCAGCCGGUGAUGGGCAUCUCACUGGCCCUGAGCCGGGGCACUGCCCACCCCGGGGAGGUCACAGCCACAUGCUGGGCACAGUCAGCCUUUCCCGCCCCAAAGCAGGAGGUGGCCCUCUCCCUUUGGCUGUCCUUCUCUGACCACACCCUGGCCCCCGCUGAGCUCUACGACCACCAUGACCUGGGACUCUCUGUCUCAGCCGAGGAGCCCGGUGCCGUCCUGCCAGCCGAGGAGCGGGGUGCCCAGCUCGGGGUGGUGGUGAGUGGGGCGGGUGCCGAGGGGCUGCCCCUGCACGUGGCUCUGCACCCGCCUGAGCCCUGCCGCCGGGGCCGCCACCGUGUGCCCCUGGCCUCUGGCACUGCCUGGCUAGGGCUGCCCCCUGCUCCCACCCUGGCCCCUGCCCUCCCAUCCAGCCCUGCCCGGAGCUCACCGGCCACGGAGGCCAGCAUGGGUGGUAAACGAUGGGAGGCAGGUGGUGUUGGGGGCAGCGGGGGUGUGAGGGGCAAGUUUGAGCGGGCAGAGGAGGAGGCUGGGAAGGAGGCAGAGGCUGGAGAGGAGGAGGAGGAGGAAGAGGAGGAGAUGGUCCCCGCCCCUCAGCGGGUCACCGACCUAGAGCUGGGCAUGUAUGCUCUGCUGGGCAUCUUCUGUCUGGCCAUCCUCAUCUUCCUGGUCAAUGGUGUGGUCUUCGUGCUGCGCUACCAGCGCAAGGAGCCCCCCGACAGUGCCACCGACCCCGCCUCCCCCCAGCCGCACAACUGGGUCUGGCUGGGCACUGACCAGGAGGAACUGAGCCGCCAGCUGGACCGGCAGUCCCCUGGCCUGCCCAAGGGGGAGGGGGGCUGCCCCUGUGAGACUGGGGGCGGAGGGGAGGCCUUGACUGUGGCCCAGGCACCUGCGGGGGGCACCACCAGCUCCUCGAGCACCCUGGCCCGGAAGGAGGCCGGGGGGCGGCGAAAGCGUGUGGAGUUCGUGACGUUUGCGCCAGCCCCCCCGGCCCAGCUGUCUGAGGAGCCCGUAGGGGCCCCUGCCGUGCAGUCCAUCCUGGUGGCGGGCGAGGAGGACAUCCGCUGGGUAUGUGAGGACAUGGGCCUGAAGGACCCCGAGGAGCUGCGCAGCUACAUGGAGAGGAUCCGGGGCAGCUCCUGACCCUCCCCGCCUGCCCAGCCCGGCGCUGUCGGCCUCCAGCCCGGGCAGCCGCCUGCUCACCCUCUGGUGCUUGCCGAUCCAGCUCCCCUGCCUGGGCUCUCAAACGGACGCCCACCCGGGCCCCCACUCUGCCCCGCCCCCUCCCCCGUCAUGGACCAUGCUCGUGAGGAAGGGCUUAUGCCCCUUAUUUAUGAGAACCAUUCCAUCCUAACGUUGGAUACAGAAUAAACUCAAGGAACCCCCACCGGGGCUGCUGCUGUCUGUGUCCUGGGGAGAGAAGUGCGGGGUGGGGGGUGUUCAGC